AUAUCCCUCUCCUGCGCGCGGUUCUCAGCUUCGACAACACCGCGCGCGCAAUACACGGGACACACACGCAGAUCCGAGCUAACCACCAUCGACGAGCGCCAGCCGCCAGCAGCCGAGCCGGAGCGACCUUUUCUUUUUUCUUUUACACAGCGGGACGGAGAAAGGAGUCAAUCAGCCAAAGCCACCCACCGCUUUUACCCACCGAUCGGCGUUGCCGCCGCUAGCAUUGUCGGCUUCAGCUCCAUCCAAAUCCACCGCCAGCAAGCAAGCAAGCAAGCCGGCGCCAUGGGUCUGCCGAUGAGGAGGGAGAGGGACGCGGAGGCGGAGCUGAACCUGCCGCCGGGGUUCCGGUUCCACCCCACCGACGACGAGCUGGUGGAGCACUACCUGUGCCGCAAGGCGGCGGGGCAGCGCCUCCCCGUGCCCAUCAUCGCCGAGGUGGACCUGUACAGGUUCGACCCCUGGGACCUGCCGGAGCGCGCGCUCUUCGGGGCCCGCGAGUGGUACUUCUUCACGCCCAGGGACCGCAAGUACCCCAACGGCUCCCGCCCCAACCGCGCCGCCGGCAACGGGUACUGGAAGGCCACCGGCGCCGACAAGCCCGUCGCGCCGCGCGGCCGCACGCUCGGGAUCAAGAAGGCGCUCGUCUUCUACGCCGGCAAGGCGCCGCGCGGGGUCAAGACGGACUGGAUCAUGCACGAGUACAGGCUCGCCGACGCCGGCCGCGCCGCCGCCGCCAAGAAGGGGUCGCUUAGGUUGGAUGACUGGGUGCUGUGCCGGCUGUACAACAAGAAGAACGAGUGGGAGAAGAUGCAGCUGGGGAAGACCGCCGUCGCCGGCGUCGGCGCCACCAAGGAGGAGGCGAUGGACAUGGCCACCUCGCACACGCACUCCCACUCCCAAUCACACUCGCACUCGUGGGGCGAGACGCGCACGCCAGAGUCGGAGAUCGUGGACAACGACCCGUUCCCGGAGCUGGACUCGUUCCCGGCGUUCCAGGACCCGGCGAUGAUGAUGACGGUGCCCAAGGAGGAGCAGGUGGACGGCUGCAGCGCCAAGAGCGGCAACCUGUUCGUGGACCUCAGCUACGACGACAUCCAGGGCAUGUACAGCGGCCUCGACAUGCUGCCGCCGCCCGGGGAGGACUUCUACUCCUCGCUCUUCGCGUCUCCCAGGGUCAAGGGGAACCAGCCCGCCGGAGCCGCCGGGUUGGGACAGUUCUGAGCUGAGGCGAGGAUGGAGCCAUGGAUCAGGAGAUGAAGACGGUUGCGAACUCUGUAAAUACAGCAUAGGAGUCGAACCUGACCCUGACCCUUGUUGGGGUUACAAGGUUUUCCGAGUGUCGGUGUAGCGUACAUGGAGCCGGCGGCGCGGCCGGGCCGGCUCAUUCUUUAGUUUCACUUCCAAAGCAGACGGGUAGAUAUAUGUGUAGCUGUUCACUUAAACUCUCUUCGACAGAACAACCGACGAAAUUUUGCUCUUGUUUAUAAGUACUACCUCGACUGUCGCUUCCCUU